GGUACGGAGUAGUGUAUGAUAAAUUUUAAAGGCGUGUGUCGGGACCGCUCACUUGAUUUUGUCUGACAGUGUCUGACAGUGAUCUAUCAACCUGACUCACAGGGCCAAGAGCUCAGCAGCUUAUUAAACUGCGCAAGAGAAGAAGCCGUAAAAAGUUUUCUCGGUCAAGAUGUCAAACUCGGGAGGUCGGAGACUGAAGCAGUGGUUGAUGGAACAGAUCCAAAGUGGCCAGUACUCCGGUCUCCAGUGGGAGGAUGAAAGCCGCACUAUGUUCCGAAUUCCGUGGAAGCAUGCAGGGAAACAGGAUUACAAUCAAGAAGUUGACGCAUCGAUUUUUAAGGCCUGGGCUGUGUUUAAAGGCAAGUUUAAGGAGGGGGACAAGGCUGAGCCUGCAACAUGGAAGACCAGACUACGCUGUGCCCUGAAUAAAAGUCCUGACUUUGAGGAGGUGACCGAGAGGUCACAGCUGGACAUCUCUGAGCCCUAUAAAGUUUACCGCAUUGUGCCUGAAGAGGAGCAGAAGCAUGGCAAAAGCUCGGUGAUGGCCAUGCCUGUUACCGCCAGCUCUGGUGACAUGACGGACAUGGACUGCAGCCCUACAGAAAUAGAAGAGUUCAUUAAAGAGGAGGAAGGCUGUAGCAUCCAGGCCAGCCCAGAGUAUUGGUCUCAGAGCAGCAUCAGUGCUUUCCCAUUGCAUCAGGACCCUUUGCCUUCAGGCACUCACAGUUCAGCUUCCUCUCAAAUGAUGAUCAGUUUCUAUUAUGGAGGAAAGCUGAUGUACAACACGCUGGUAAGCCAUCCUGAAGGCUGCCGGAUUUCACCACAGCAGCACAUGGGUCGUGGCGCCCUCUACAGUUCAGACACCAUGCAGAGUGUUCAUUUCCCCCCGGCUGAGCUCAUUGAGUACGACCGCCAGCGCUAUGUCACUCGCAAGCUUCUGGGCCACCUGGAGAGAGGUGUACUGGUCCGUGCAAACCAAGAGGGCAUCUUCAUCAAGAGGCUUUGCCAGAGCCGCGUCUUUUGGAGCGGACUGGGUGAAGUCGGCUCACAGUACAGCUCUGUGCCUGGCAAACUCGAGAGGGAUGCUGUAGUCAAGAUUUUUGACACAGGACGAUUUCUUCAAGCUCUCCAGCUCUACCAGGAAGGUCAGAUUCCUGCUCCUGAUCCAACAGUGACCCUGUGUUUUGGAGAGGAGCUCAAUGACCACAGCAGCGCCAAGAGCAAACUGAUCAUUGUGCAGAUCACAGUGAUGAACUGCCAGCACCUGCUGGAGAAAAUGAACAUGCGUCGCUCCCAGCCUUAUUGCAACAACCCAAACCUGGAGAUGUUUGAUGAUGCGGCCACUGACCAGAUGGCUCGGAUCUAUCAGGACUUGUGCAGCUACAAUGGCCCCCAGAGGCAAGCCUGCUACAGGGAAAACAUGCCCAUCACGGCUUGAACUGUGAGCAGUGAAACCCGACAGGAGCUCUUCUGUGUGUAUGAGACUGAGUGACUGAAAACAUGUAAAGGACAUUCCUUUUUUUUUUCUGACACAUGCCAAUCAGGUGAAAUGACAUAAAAGGAGAAAGAGCUCUCCUCUUCUUUCCCAGUGAGACUUUUAAGCUGAAUGUUGGUAUCUAUAGGUAGAAUAAUGUUUAUUAUUUUAUACAUCCAGGGCUAACCAGGGCAAAUGUAUAUCAUAUAUUACACGCACGUCAAAAAAAGCCUCUCUUCAGUGUAUCAGUAAAUGGAUAUGUGCCAGUAGUUUAGUUCUCAAAGCUAAAUUUGAACUUUGAUCUUUACUUCCAUCUUUUUUUAAGUGUUUUUUUUUUCUUUCAACUCAGUUUACUGUGUGGGGAUGAUUUGAAGAAACAAACCAAAUGUACAUUGCAUUUCUUUUUAUAUGAGUUGGUAAAAGUUGCAAACAAUUUUCGGUGCUAUGUAGCAUUAUAUUACAGAUAGGUUUUACUAUCAUGCUGUUUUGAUAUUGCCAAUUUUUUAAUCUUUUUUGUAAACUGAUUUUCAAAUAAAACCUUUUAAAUGUA